AUGCGGACUCCAUUCGGAAAUCUAACAAUCAAUCAGUCGACUGGUCAAAUGAUAGCUUGUUUAUCAAACGGAAUAUUUUUCUUCUUCGCUUUUAUUGUUGACAGCCGCACUAUGGUUGAGUAUUCUUAUAUCAUUGGAGCAAUCUCCUUAUGUUUAUUGGGAAUUAUCAUCGUAUCAUACUUCCUCAUGUCUCUAAAUCGACUCACUGCUAUUUCACUUCCUUUUCAAUAUCGCUGGUUGUUUGGGAAGAAAGCUAUCCGAUUGAUGGUCAGUUUGAACUGGGGAAUUCCAUUGGCAAUCAGUGCAUAUCUGAUGAUUUUAAAAGAAUGCGGAUUUCAGUUUUUUCACUAUGGAUGGACGUUCUCUACAAUUCCAAAUCGAGAAUUAUGUGGUCCAUCACUUCGUUUGUAUCUCACUUUGAGCCAAAUGCCUGUUACCGUACUCACAGUUAUUUGCGAUAUCCUCACUUUCUCAAUGCUUGUUAUCGGAAGACACCGCAUUUUCAAAUCGAAAUCAGCCGAAAUGAAACGUCGAGAAAUGAAUUUCGCGAGACAAGUUUUAGCACAAGGUGCUGUUUCCUUGGUUCAUAGUUUCUGGUAUAACCGAGGAAGAGACUUGAUACCAGGCUUCUCAGAGGAAUGGAGAAUAUUUCUAACGACUUCUUUUUCUUCAAACUUACUUCACGUUUUCGAUGCUACUGUUGUAUUCACCUGCAACUUCGAAUUCAAGGACUGGCUUCUGAAGCAAAAAAAGAAACAAACGCUAGUGAUUGUUUCAACGAUUCGAGGGAGAAGUCAAUAA